CCCACAUCAGCAGCAUCAGCUUCUUCCAGAAGUUUCCUCGCAAGGUUUCGAGUGCGGCAUACUGACACACUUACGCAAACGCGGGCGGGCUAGGUGACAUUUUCGUCCUCGCCAGUGGGUCAAAGCUGAAAGUUGCUGUGGGGGCUGUGACACUUUCUGGAGGAGCACCCCGACGGCGAUCUGAACUAUUGCCCGCUGCAGGGACAACUGCGGCGGCGGGGUGAGACAUUGGAUCCCGGUAACCUGUGCUUCGUUUUACACGAGGCAUGCUGGGUGUUUUAUCGACGUCAAACCGAAGCUUCGACAAAAGCAAUUGAAAGAAGUGCCGACCGGCCGGUGUGAUGGGUAAAGAUUAUUACAAAGUGCUGGGUAUAGCCAGGGGAGCAUCUGAAGAUGAGAUAAAAAAGGCGUACAGAAAACAGGCUCUGCGCUAUCACCCCGACAAGAAUAAGUCUCCUGGAGCUGAAGACAAAUUCAAGGAGAUCGCCGAAGCCUAUGACGUCCUCAGUGAUGCCAAGAAAAAGGACAUUUACGAUCGUUUUGGAGAAGAAGGAUUAAAGGGUUCAGCUGACACUGGAGGCAGAGGACAUGGCGGUCAAAGCUGCAACUACAGCUUCCACGGGGACCCUCACGCAAUCUUCGCUGAGUUCUUCGGUGGCCGCAGCCCAUUCGAUCACUUCUUCUUCCAGGACGGGGAAGACGACGUGGACAUCAACAACCCUUUCGCAACGUUUGGCAUGCCAGGAAUGGGCGGCAUGGGUGGGUUUCACCGGCCUUUCAAAACCCACCCGGCAGGAGUUCACCGAGCACACGAGAAGAAGAAGGACCCGCCUGUGGUGCACGAGCUGAAGGUGAGCUUGGAAGAGGUGUUCUCCGGCUGCACGAAAAAGAUGAAGAUUUCUCGCAAGAGGCUCAAUCCGGACGGCUGCACCAUGCGCAGCGAAGAUAAGAUUUUAACGGUGGACAUUAAGCGUGGCUGGAAGGAGGGGACGAAAAUCACCUUUCCCAGGGAGGGGGAUGAGACUGCCACCAACAUUCCUGCAGAUGUGGUGUUUGUGGUCAAAGACAAACCUCACCCGGUGUUCAGAAGAGAGGGUUCAGAUAUUGUUUAUCCUGCAAAAAUAUCUCUUAGAGAGGCAUUGUGUGGCUGCACGGUCAAAGCUCCCACACUGGACGGCCGGACCAUCACUGUUACCUCUAGAGACAUUGUCAAACCCGGAACGAAAAAGCGAAUAAGCGGCGAGGGGCUGCCGUUGUCCAAGUUCCCAGAGAAGAGAGGUGACAUGAUCCUGGACUUCACUGUUAAAUUCCCAGACAAACUGGCCCAAAACACACGCGAUACACUCGAGCAGAUUCUUCCGCUGUGACAUGUUAUGACUCCAAAUCCCCAAAAAGUUAGCAUUUCCAGCGGCACUGUCCUGUGUACUACCUGGACUUUUGAGGGCAGAUUUGGGUUCAGUGGGGUUUAAUUUUACUGCCUGAACAACAAAUCCGUAUCCUUAACCCAGAAUCCAGCUUGUUAUUUAUUUAUUUUUUGGCUUUGAGUGAAGGAGACAAAGGCAGAAAGACAAACAGGUGUUCUUUAAAUGUUCAGUGAAUUGCAGCACUGGGAAACUUAUUGUAGUAACUGAGGAUUUGAUAACAUAGCAGAUCUUUGUGCGAGUGCUUUAGGUAACACACAGCCAGCUGCUUAACAAUACCUCCCUGAUGCAGGUGCACUGAUGCAUGAAUGUGGCUAAAACUUCAUUACUCAUAGGACAUGAUUUGGGUUUCCAUUAAGUAAAAUUGAGGCUUAGAUAUUGUGCGGGUCUUGAAAGGUGAAACUUUUUGAGAUAUCUGUAGCAGUAUUGGUCUUACUAGGAGUAAAUAGAGUUUUCUUUUUCAUUGAUAAAUAAAAUUCUGUGUUUUACUGUCGUUUACACUAAGCUAUAAUGUAAAGCUUUGUGAAAAAUACACCUAAAGUGUUCUCAAGGCUGAAAACAGUAGAGCCCUACCAGGACUGAUGCUCAG